AUGUCGAGAUCAUCCCGGAACGCUGCCCCUACCACGUCAGGUACGGGACGACAAAACGAAUACUUCGUCCCUCGCGAUGGCAUCGACCGUGAAGUCAUCUCCGCAGACAUCUGCCGCUAUCUGGGAAACGAUGCCCUCGUGCGUCCCGGUCACUACGAGAACCCUCAGACAGGCCAAGCCGUGCAAGGCUACUACAUCACCGCUUACAGGAAUCUUACCACUGCUAUGAUUGAGGAUCUAAAAGCAGACUCUGCUCGAUGGGAUAGUGAAAGGCGUGCACAGACGUCGCGCAAUACCUCUGGAGUGCAAUACCGCUACUCGGAGACGCACCAGUCGCGUCAGCACCACGGUCCUACCGAGGGCCCUUAUCAGACCGACCCAUACGCUCGUGACCCUGGCUUUGAUGGUCCCAGAUACCCAGGAACGGGUGCUCCCGGUUACACUGGAGCAGCUGGCUCAUACGGCCAGUCCUACGGUGCCUCAAGUAGUGGUGCGUUUGCCGGUUAUGCCCAAACCCAGCAAUCUCCUCCCCCAGCGGAUACAAGGUUCACCUCUACUACCGCGGCCACCAUGGAUCCAUCCUACCAGGCUUCCCAGAGCCCCUACGUGGCCGUUGGAACAAACCAGCGCCCUAGAGGCGGAUACGACCCUUACGCUAACCAGAUGGCCACAUCAUCAGCUGCUGUACAGCAGGCCUAUGCCACUGCUGCUCCCACGCAACAAGGCUAUACAGCCACUGCUUACCCAUAUUCAGGUCAGGCUCCUCCUGCGGGCUACGCGAUGCAGCCCCAGGAUCCCUUCUACGGUCGUGGUGCGUAUAGCGGAGGUCUAGCAGGUCAAUCAACAGCACAAGGAUAUACCCAGGCCACACAGUAUGAAGAAACCCCCCGUACUCGCGCUUCCGCGACACCAACAAAUACUCAAACAAAUCCCAGUGGUACCUCCAGCAGCCGACGUAGUGAGCGAGAGAGCGACAGGCACAGCACAGACCGACACCACCGAUCAAGCCGCCGGUAA